GGCAAAAGUUUCUUCCUUUCCAAUAACAGCCCAUCACCAUCUGCUAAUGAUACCACGAAAAAUGAUGGCUUUUCUUUGUUUCAUGAUCAAAAUGCAAGCUCAAUUUCCCCCACAGUUUCUGUGAAUCACAGUGGGUUAUCAUCGGCUCCGGGUGGAGACUCCCAAACAGUGGUUGUUACAAUAUCUGAGAUGAACAAUUUGUUGCUGCAGAGUUAUUCUUCCCCGCAUUCAUCGCAGCAGCAGCUAACAAAGCCACACUCACAAGUUGACAUUGAGCUGUUUCGGAUAAAACAAGAGAUUAUGAAUGCCCCUGCCAUGCCAAGUGAUGUGGAGCUCUACGCGUCUGUGUACCGGAAUGUUUCAAUGUUCAAAAGGCAUUGCCAAUAACAUCCAUCUGGUUAUUCUUCUAUUUGAUACGGAGUAUAUAUAUCCAUGAUCAUCUACCCCUAGUUGUGCUAAAGAUCGGCCAGAUAUGAACGAAUGAAUCCCUAAUAUAUGUAAGUGUGCGUGAUUUGUUUCUGAAAUUGGGAAUUUACUUGAAGGAGCUAUGAACUGAUGGAGGAAAAUCUUAAGGUGUAUAUCUACAAGGAUGGAGAAAAGCCGAUCUUCCAUUCAUCAAUACUCGAAGGGAUAUAUGCAGCGGAGGGAUGGUUCUUGAAGCUAUUGGAAGCAAACAAGCAGUUUGUCACGGAAAUUCCAACCGAAGCUCACUUGUUUUACUUGCCAUUUAGUUCGCGGCUGCUGGAGCUAACACUAUACGUGCCACAUUCUCACAGCCGCAACAACCUCAUAGAGUACAUGAAGAACUAUGUGGACACACUCAUAGGAAAGUACCCUUUCUGGAACAGAACUAAUGGAGAAGAUCAUUUUCUAGCUGCUUGCCAUGAUUGGGCUCCAGCUGAAACAAGAGGAAAAAUGGUAAAUUGCAUUAGAGGACUAUGCAAUGCUGACAUAAGAGCAGGCUUUGUUGUGGGAAAGGAUGUGUCUAUACCAACAACAUAUGUUCGCUCAGCUAAGAACCCUAGUGAAAACAAUGGUGGCAACCCUUCUUCUUCAGAGAGGUCAAUCUUAGCCUUCUUUGCAGGCCAGAUGCACGGGAGAGUGCGCCCCGUUUUAGUAAAUUACUGGGGAAAAGAUCCCGACAUGAAAAUCACGGGGCCCAUUCCUCACGUGAAAGGCGACAAGAUCUACAUUGAGUACAUGAAGAGAAGCAAAUACUGCAUAUGCCCGAGGGGUUUCGCAGUCUUUAGUCCCCGGGUGGUGGAGUCCAUCAACUACGGAUGCGUCCCCGUGAUAAUAUCGGACGAUUAUGUCCCUCCCUUUCUUGAGGCUCUGAAUUGGGAGUCGUUUGCGGUUUUCAUUUUGGAGAAGGAGGUUGUGAACAUGAAGAGGAUACUUCUAUCUAUCUCAGAUGAAAAGUAUGUUGAGAUGGAAAGAGGAGUGAGGGAGGUGCAGAAACACUUUGUUUGGCAUGCUGAACCUGUAAAAACUGAGGAAUCUGGAGAAAAUUCUGAGGGGCACGUCAAUGAAGAUGCCGGAGACAUCCUCAAAUUGAGAAAAGAAAUGGAGGAACUAAAGAGGCAGGUUGACAAGGACGAGUCUUUCGGACCCACAGUAGAGAUAAUUUCUCCCUUUACUGCCAGAGUGAUGAAAGCUCAACUGCCCAGGGGAGAGAUGAAGGACAAGGAACCGAAUGCCAAUCAGGAGCCGAACCAAGGAGGUAAUGUUUGGCGUAGGGACGCCCAACCUCAACAACAAGUCCAGGAGAACCCGGAAGAAUUUCCCCAAGUAGGAGUCAUCUUUGGCGGUCCAGAAACAGGAGUCACAAGCAAGGAGAGGAAGGAAUGGGCUCGCAAGCUGUAUGUGGGGUCCAUUGACAUAGGCCAAGCGGCCAAGAAAGGAAGGAGGGAGCCCAUUGUCUUCUCGGACGAAGAUUUACCACUCAUUUUUAGUCCUCAUCGGACCCCCCUGGUAAUUUCUAUGGCUAUUCACAAAUUUUUUGUCAAAAGAAUAUUGGUGGACACUGGAAGCAGUGUCAAUGUGCUGUAUUGGGAAGCCGCCCAGCAAUUGGGAAUCAGGAAGGAAGAUCUCACAAAGCUUAACAUGCCUUUGUCCGGUUUCACUAGAGAUAUAAUUGAACCGGAAGGGUCCAUUAAAUUGGACAUCAUCAUAGGCGAGCAUCCUAAGGUGAGGCAUAUGAGGAUGGAUUUUGUAGUGGUCGACAUCAAAUGCGCUCACAAUGCCAUCUUAGGGAGGCCUGGGCUAGAGGACUUGGGAGGUGCACUAUCCCUUGAACACCUGUGCCUCAAGUUUAGGACUCCCGAAGGUGUUGGGAGGGUCCUUGGUGAUCAGCCCGCGGCCAAGAAGGCCUAUCUAAGCGCCUGUAAGAAGAUAGACAAGGAGAACCUCAACAUCCAAACCAUCGGGCAUGUUUUGGAAGAUAAAGAAAGGAAGGAGGAAGACCGGGAGAGGCCCAAGCCAGCUGUGGAAAUGGAGGAAGUGGUGCUAUUCCCGGAAGGGGAUCAAGAAAAGUCAUUUGCCAUAAGUUGAACAUCAAGAUGGACUCCUUCCCGGUCAAGCAGAAAAAAAAAUAUCUGUCCACGG